AUGCAAAUUUUCGUCAAAACCCUAACCGGUAAGACUAUUACCCUAGAAGUUGAAUCUUCUGACACUAUUGACAAUGUCAAGUCCAAGAUCCAGGACAAGGAGGGUAUUCCACCUGACCAACAAAGAUUGAUCUUUGCUGGUAAGCAAUUGGAAGAUGGCAGAACUUUGUCUGACUACAACAUCCAAAAGGAAUCUACCUUGCACUUGGUGCUAAGAUUGAGAGGUGGUGGUAAGAAGAGAAAGAAGAAGGUCUACACCACCCCAAAGAAGAUCAAGCACAAGCACAAGAAGGUCAAGUUGGCUAUCUUGAGUUACUUCAAGGUCGACGGUGAAGGUAAGGUCUCCAAGUUGAGAAAGGAAUGUCCAAACUGUGGUGCUGGUACUUUCUUGGCCAACCACAAGGACAGAUACUACUGCGGUAAGUGUCACUCCGUCUUCACCAUCCAAGCUUAA